AUGUGCUCAUUUUGCUGGGAGGGUUGUUUUACCGUCGAUUUUUAUUCUGCUUCUUUACCCUCCCCUUGUGCAUUGGACUGUUGCCGACACUAUGUGGUUCACGCACUCCAAAAAUUGUCCUUUGUGGAGCAAGCUACAGAACAACAAAUUCUUGUCACUGGUAUCAAGGUUGUCGACCUUCUGGCACCUUACCAGAGAGGAGAAAAGAUUGAUCUUUUUGGUGGUGCUGGUGUUGGAAAGACUGUACUUAUUAUGGAACUGAUCAACAAUGUUGCAAAAGCCCAUG